GGGACCAAGGGAUCAAGUUCAGCAUAUUGCCUCAUUUCUGCUGGUUUGUUUUAAAGACAUGCUGUCAUUUCAGCUUGGUUCUGAUCAUGUUCAGAACAGGUUUUUACAGAAGCUGAGGCCAGUGGAAAUGUUAUGCUUUUUACUCACUUUUCUUGGAGAGGAUUAAAGCAAAUAAACAUGCAAUGGCUCAUCCUGCUCCAAGUCCAUGUGAGCUGCCUUGAAGGACAGAAGUGGAAGGAACAAGUACUCUCUUCUGGUGUCGACCAGCACCUUUUCUUUUCUGCCACUUGGGCUCCUUCCAGGGAUGAAAUCCACCAUAGAUUCACUUGUUGACAACUUAUUUCUUUUGACUCUUCUGGUGUGCUGGAAACGGUCUCUGCUUUGGAAAUCAUUACAGCUGUGUAACUUGCAAAUGAUGAGUAAUGGCUUCCUCCAGUUUAACUCCCUCUUCUCUUACUGUUUGCAGUGUGCUCAUCUUUCCCUGUCUGCCCAGUCCUGCCCAGAGGUGAGGUACUGGAUCUCAGUGCAGCAGCUUCCCUCGUGCCUUGGAGAGGAAUUGCAGCACAAUGGCUGCGUUCCCUGUCCUGGAGCAAGAAGCAUUAUUCCGGAACGGUACCUGGAGCUAUCGAAUUCCAGCCCUGCUCUACCUGCCACGGUUCAGCAUGAUCCUGGCCUUUGCUGAGGAACGAGAAGACCUGGUGGAUGAACAUGCCAAGCUGAUAGCCAUGCGCAGAGGCGUGUAUGACCCAGCCACGCAACACGUUCAGUGGAAAAGGAUGGAGACACUUGUCAGUGCACAGCUUGAAGGCCACCGAUCUAUGAACCCCUGCCCGGUAUAUGAUGAAGUCUCGGGGAAACUCAUCUUGUUCUUCAUAGCCGUCCCAGGAAAGAUCUCUGAGCAGCAUCAGCUGAGGACAAAAAUCAACCUGGUACGUCUCUGCUACGUCACUAGCAUGGACCAAGGACGCACCUGGAGCACUGCCCAGGAUGUCACCGACAGGACCAUUAGGAAUGAGUACAAGAACUGGGCCACAUUUGCGGUGGGUCCAGGUCAUGGAUUGCAAUUGCUCAAUGAGGCCCGGAGCCUUGUGAUUCCUGCCUAUGCCUAUCGUAUCUUGGACCCCAAGCAACACCCCACCCCUCAUGCCUUCUGCUUCAUCAGCUCUGACCAUGGGAUAACAUGGGAGAAGGGGAACUUUGUGGGGGAGGAGAGUGCAGUGGAGUGCCAGGUAGCAGAGGUGCAUACCUGUGGCAGAAAGGUCCUUUACUGCAAUGCAAGGAGUAACAGGGGAGCCAGGAUCCAGGCUGUCAGCUACAACCAUGGGCUGGACUUCGAGGGAGGCCAGCGGGUUGAAAUGCUAAUAGAACCUCCCUCGGGAUGCCAUGGAAGUGUUACUGCCUUUCCACCUCCCCCGGAUGCCAGAUGUCAAGAUAGUUGGUUACUCUACGCUCAUCCUACAGACCCAAGGGGUCGAAAAGAUUUAGGAAUUUACCUCAACAAAAGCCCUUUAAAUCCAGCACACUGGACAAAACCCAGCAUACUCUUCAAGGGCCUGUGUGCUUAUUCGGAUCUGCAGUACAUGGGCGUUGGGCCUGAUGGCUCACCUUUGUUCUCCUGCCUCUUUGAAUAUGGGACCCACAGACAAUGUGAAGAGAUUAUUUUUGUCAUGUUCACCUUGAAGCAAGCCUUUCCCUCAGAACACUGAGUCUCAAGCCUUUCCAUCAGCAUCCUUCCAAAAACCAUCUUUGCUGAUACUUUUUACUGUCAUUUCUCAUCCCUUAGCAAAAGGGUAUUUUUUUACUCCUGCUGCACACAUAGUUUGGUGUUGGCUUGUUGUGUCUGUAGAUUGUGAAGUCCAUUAAACAUACCACAACACA